AGUGUGGAUUUUCUCGUGGAUGCCUUCCUUGGGAUCAGAUUUUGGUCUGUUUUACCGCUGAUAUGAGGAGGUGGAGGGCAGAUUAAUUUGGGUUAUUUUUGAAUCGAUUUGAAGAAAUGACGACAUGCUGUUCAUUUGGAUUAAUCCCUCGUGGUCUUUUCACCAUGAGUCGGAGGAGGAUAUCAUGUAAAGAUCUGGGACAUGCUGACUGCCAAGGCUGGCUGUAUAAGAAAAAGGAAAAGGGAAGUUUCCUAAGCAACAAAUGGAAAAAGUUCUGGGUGGUGCUGAAGGGGUCGUCCCUGUACUGGUAUAGCAAUCAAAUGGCAGAGAAAGCUGAUGGAUUUGUCAACCUGCCUGAUUUCACUGUUGAAAGAGCAUCUGAAUGCAAGAAAAAACAUGCUUUUAAGAUCAGCCACCCACAGAUCAAGACCUUUUAUUUUGCAGCUGAGAACAUGCAGGAAAUGAAUGUGUGGUUAAAUAAACUUGGAUUAGCUGUAAUCCAUCAUGAAUCCACUACAAAGGAUGAAGAAUGUUACAGUGAAAGUGAACAGGAAGAUCCUGAAAUAGCUGCAGAGACACCACCCCCUCCUUACUCAUCCCAGACUCAGUCUCCUUCGCUAUGUGCCGAGGCUGCACAGCAGGCAUCUUCAUCCUCACCCAAAUUGAGUGAAACAUCGUGUUCUUUGUCUUCCCUGGAAAACACAACAAAGACACCCAGCAGUUCUUCCUCCUCAUGUAAAGAAAGACAGUCCUGGCUCGACAUAGUUAACAGUUCAUCUGCUGCUGAAGAUUUGGGACAAUCUAUAACAUUUGCUAUGCAGGUUCAUUCACCUGCACCCUCAGAGGCAAGCAGUCUCAAGGCCCUGGAAAACAGUGUUGUCACAUCAGAAAGUGGAUUUUUGAACUCUUUAUCUAGUGAUGACACUUCUUCCUUGAGUAGCAACCAAGACCAUCUAACUGUCCCAGAUAAACCAACUGCAUCAAAGACGAUGGAUAGAGAAGAAACAAAAGCACCUGAAGAUGAUGAAAUGGAGAAGCUCUACAAAUCCUUAGAGCAAGCUAGUCUAUCUCCUCUUGGGGACCGACGACCUUCAACCAAAAAGGAGUUGAGAAAGUCCUUUGUUAAACGAUGCAAAAAUCCAUCCAUAAAUGAGAAACUCCACAAAAUCCGAACGUUGAAUAGCACAUUAAAGUGUAAAGAACAUGAUCUGGCCAUGAUUAACCAGUUGCUGGAUGAUCCGAAGCUGACAGCCAGGAAGUACAGAGAGUGGAAGGUCAUGAACACCCUGCUGAUCCAGGACAUCUAUCAGCAGCAGCGGGCUACGCCUGCCCCCGAAGACACCCCCCAGGAACUCAAGAAACCACCGUCUUCAGCCUGUGUUGAACAUUCUAUUUGAGAAAAAUCCAGGAUUCUCUCCUCUUACAUUUUACCACAAGCAGCUCUUCAGGAUAUUGCAAGAACUUACAUUUUUUCCUUAAAAGGAAAACUGAAACCCAGUCCCUCGAGCAUCAACUCCACCUCUAAAGAUGAAACUUAGAUGAAGACAAUCACCAAAUACAGCAGGACUCCCCAUUCCAAUUGUAACACAUCUGUUGACAUUGGAAUGAUUGAGUUUAAUUAAACAGACAUUUUCUGUGUUCCUACUGGGAGCGCAUAGUGAAGCUGGGCUCUAGGUGGGAUGUGAGAAAUAUAUCUCCUGUUCCUCGCUCUCAUGAGAAUUACAAUCAUCUGUGGACAAAAAGCAAAUUUUACCAGGAAUAAUUAUUUGCAGAAACAUUCUGUUUUCCCGAAAGAAGAAUGUACAUAUUCGACCUGGUUGGGUAGCUGAGCACCCCAAAUCAUUUUUUGAGUGGAGGAAUGUUUUCUGUGGCAGCAACUGGAGCAGGACAAUGUGGUAUCGUGGAACAAAUAUUUCUUGCCUUUGGUACAGAAGGGUGGUGCCAUUUCCACUUGUGGAGAAAUACUUCAUAGACAGUGGUGCUUGGGAGCCGAAGGAGGAAGCGUGUUCUAUAUUCCACUUACUCAGAGGACAGCUUGGUAUUUUCACACUUUACCCAGGCUGGGAGAUCUGAUUAAAGUUUUUUUUUUCCUCACAACAGCUACAGAAACUAGCUGUUGUUUCUCACAGGUGGAGACCUCUGCUCCCUCCUAGCUUCCCUACACAGCUAUAGGAGAUAGUAAGUCCGUCAAGGAAUGUUUGCUGCUUCUGUCCUUGAGUGUGGUGCCUAAUUACAGCACAAUUUACAUCCAGGCUUCCCUGGGAUCAAUAUUGACAAGAUGAUUUUGGCAUCCGAGUUGUUUUAAUAUCUUUACUGAAAAAUAAACAAACCCCAAAACCACAAAACAAAAACCUUAAAAAACAAAAACAACAAAAGAGUUAAAACAUGAUUGUUUUAUUUUUGUAUGUUUAUGUGUCACUUUGUGUGCUAUGUAAAUAGCUAUCUAUAAUGUUUGUUAUUUAAAUAUAUUUAUAGAUGUUCAAAUUACUAGUCUUUUAAAAGAUGAUAUACUAUUAUAUGUUUUGCUCAGUAUAUACUUGAAGUAUAUACUUUUUGCUUGAGAAAAAUAGAAAUACCGUUGGUUCACUGGAGCUCUUAUGUUGCACUAUAAUGUAUGAAGAAUGCUCAGGAAAUCUUGUGGGGAAAAUAUUGGGGCAUGUAUUUAUAAUUUUUCAUUUUCUUCUUCCAUCUCACCCACACCCAACUCUCCCAGAGUUCUUAGAUUUCUCUAUCAUUGGUAAGUUACUCUCUUAACCAGAAAAGGAAUUUUAUCUUAGGUUGUACCUUCUGUUAAAUAAACUAAGCUUUAUGCCA